AGACUGAUCAGGAUAGCAUGCCUGUGUGUGAACUAAUAUCAGUGUGUGAAACUCCUAACAAUAUGAAAGAGACUGAAAACAGUAUUAAGAAUAUAUUGGGUGAAUCUUCAUAUCAGGACAGUAAUACUCUUCCUUGUAUAGAGGGACUUAGUUUGGAAAACAGUAAUGCUGAGGUUGAAGCUAAAAUUACAAUAAAUGUGGGAGUAGAAAAGGAAAGUACUGACACAGGCGUACUGUAUCAAAGUGGGAAUCAAUUAGAUACACCAGUGGAAACUGUUUUACUUGCUGAUCCUGCCAGUGAUGACUUUAGUUUGUUAUUAGAUGUUAGUGAUAUAGUCUUGAAGUCUGAAACUGAUCAUUCAUUAAAAGAUAUGCCUGGUAAUGGAUCUCACUUUUUUACUACCAUUGUUGAUGAUGAAUAUGAUGUUUACCAGGCAGAUAUAUGCAGUACAAAUGAACUUCAGGCAGACUUAUUAGAAAUGCAGUCUGAUGAUGUAGCAUGUAAUAAUGAUGCACCAGAAAUUUUAGCAUGUGUGUCAGUUCCUCAAGAUGGUGUUUUUGAUACUGAUGUACACUCCCCUGAAGAUGAAUUCAACACUAAUGACUUGCCUGGUGCAACAGGGCCAAAAAAUUGUGAUCCUAUAGGAUAUGACUCUUCUGAGAUUCAAAAAAGGAAAAGUGGUAAUGGUGUGUGUAUACAUGUAACAGAUUCUGAAGCAGAUGUAAAUUCAGAAGAUAUAAAUGGUGAUGGAGUAAACAUGUACAUACAUGAAAAUUUGCUAGAUGAACUUCUUACUGAUAGCCAGAAUUCAUUUGAACAUUUUUCUGCAGUUCCAGUCUGUGAUGGGACGUACGAGUACCCUAUCACGGAAUCCACUAAUUCAUUAUUCACUAAUGGCUCCCAGUUACCAGUGGAAAGCACUGAAGAUCAGAAACUGGAAGAAAUUUGUUUUGAUGCAACUAUAGAAGCAGACAAUUUUGACACUGGGGAAUCAAUAUCUUUCACUAGUCUUCCUGUUAUUCAGAGUGAGCCAUUAUACUCAAAUGUGCAUGAAGAAUGUGAAGAUACUGCUGAUAUCUAUGCAGAACAUACAUUAAUUACAGAAAGAAAAAAUGUGGGUAGCUGUGUGUGUGAUGUGGCGUCUAACAUCUCCCCUUCAUCUUCAUCCUCUGAAAGUGAUGAAGUGAAAGAAUCACAUAGCUCUAGUUCUUCAGACAAAAAUGUGGUGAAGAAGAAAAAAAGUGAGCAAGGUGAUUCAUUGAAAAAGAAAACAAAGAAGAGCAAGAAAUCAGAAAAGGAAAAUAUAUCUGUAAAAUCAAGUUUCAGUAAGUUUGACCAGUUAAGUAAGAAGACAGUGCUACAUGUUCGUUCAGUGGAUGCAUCAAAAGUUCAGGAGCAGUUCAAUCAGAAUGCAACAGACUCACUUGAAAAGACAAACAACUGCCGAAGCUGCGGGAAACAAGUAUUUCAAAUGGAACAGAUUAAAGCUGAACGAUCAGUGUGGCAUAACAAUUGUUUCAGGUGUAAAGAAUGUAACAAAAAGUUGACAGUGGAUACUUACAGCAGCCAUGAAGGCCAGCUUUACUGUAAGCCACAUUUCAAGGAACUCUUCAAACCAAAAGCAGUACUUGAAGAGGAAGUUGAUAUACGUCAACUUAGGAAACCAAAAUUGAUCAUCUGUGAGAAUGAGCCAGUAGAACUACCACCAGAAGUGGUUAGAGCUUCUGAUAAGCCUGAUCUUGGACUGGAAGAGCUUGCUGCUUUAAACCUGAAGUCCAGAUACCAAGUUUUUGAGAGAUCUGAAUCUGAAUCAAAUGAAAUUGAACGUUCUCCAAGCAAUGUGAGUGUGAAGAGAUCUCCAAGCAUUUUGAGCAAACUGGCAAGAUUUCAGUCAAAAGGAAUGGACAUUGGCGUCACAGAUGAUUCAUUAAAUGGUGUUCCAUAUGAGGAAUCUUCAAGUUCCAGUGAGGAGGAAGAAGAAGAAUCAGGAAAGGAAGGCACCAAAGAUUUGAUUCGUGCAAGUAGGAAGCAGAGAGAGAGACCUGUUAGUUUUAGUAAAAUGGGAGACAUAAAAUGCAGGUGGGAAACUGGGCAUACUACAAAAAAGGAAGAAAUGCGUGAGGAGAGAAAGCAGGAAAUACAGAACAUACGGUCAAGACUUUUUAUGGGAAAACAAGGAAAAAUGAAAGAAAUGUAUGAACAAGCUGUAAUGGAAAGUGAACGCAGUACCCAGAAGAAAGGUGUUGACAUAUGUUCUGAGAGGGCAAAGAGCCUUAAAGAAAAAUUUGAACGUGGUGAAGUUGUACCUGAUGAUGAAGAGGAGGACAUAACUGCAAGAGAAGAGCAACACAAGAAAGCAAAAGAACAAGAACUGAGUUUAGUAGAAGCAGGUUUGGCAAAGAAGUCAAGAAGUCUUUUCCUAGAGCUAGAUGCAACAGCUAAGAACCAACAGCCACCUCUUCUUUCACCUGCCAAAUCACCUGUUCUAAAGCAAGAUCCCAAGAAGACUAGGGAGGCUCUAUUUGCACAACAGGUUUCAAAGGAUAUUGUAAGGGCAAGUGAUACAGUUGAAGAUGUGAAGGUUGAAACAUCAGAUGUCUCAAGUAAAUUCAAGUUUUUUGAAACCUAUAAGGAGCCUGAAAAACAGAAAAAACCUUUCCGCAUAACACCUCCAAGAGAAGGUCAAGUUAAGGAGGACUAUCCUGAAACAGAAGUUUAUCGUGAUCCAAAUAUUGUGAGAAGUGAUGAUAAGAUUGAGGAAGAAAUUGUCCGAAGCAAAACAACAAGCAAAAUGUUGUCACUUUUCAGGCAACUUGAAGAAAAUGCAUCAAAGGAGGACAUUCCUGAAGGACCAAAGCCACUGAAAAGAUUUACACCACCACCUGACUACACGCGAGACUCUGAAACCUCACCAGAAGAGUCAGAGGAUGAAGAUGAUGAAGAAGAGUCAGAGACUGAUGAACAAGAAACAAACACAAAUAAAACAGAAGAUGAAAUUUUAAUCCAGGCAAGAAAUGCUGCAAGGGCCAAGACAUUACGUGCAAAGUUUGAGCGCUGGGAGGAAAAAGAGAACAAACUGAACAGUUCCAACAGCAACUCAUAUUUGGCUGAUCUAAAAAAUGAAGAUACAGACCAACCAAGUAUUGAAUCAGCUAAAGUAUUGAGAGCAAAAUUUGAAUCCCUGAAACAUGAGACUGAACAACCUAGGGAACGAAGCAGGCCAAAAGUUAAUAGAUUUGUGUGAAAAUGUGACUGAUGAAAUAGAAGGUGCAAAUUCUCUCAUUGAAGCUCUCUGCACAGACUGCAAAUAUUGUAUAAGGAAUAAAUUUUCAUACAACUUGAUGUAAUUGCCCAAAAAAUGUUAAAUUAAUAUUAAGUGUCAUUAAUAAAUUGAAACCUUUGUAAGGUAUUUAAUUUCUAUGUUUAUAACUUUUCAGUGGCUUUUGUUGAAAACAUAUUUGUGUAGCCAUGUAAUGUUUCUCUUACUUUCAAUUUAAUAUGUUAACUAAUGGAAUUACUUAACUAAAUAGCAUUGUCUCUCCUGUCUCACUGUAGUUAAAUGUAGCUGUUACUAAUAUUGGUGCUGCUACUGUAUUAUUACGGCUGUUUAAACUGCUUAAAUUACCUUUUUGUUAAUAAUUUUUUCUACUUUCAGAAAUAUUGUGUACCAAACUACCAAACGUUCUAAAAAGCAUUUAAUCGUAAUAUACAGUAGCAAAAUUGUGCCAUGUCAUGAAAUGAAACUGCUGUGCUAUUCAAACUGACUUGUGUACAGUAAUUAUUCCUUUUUAAUUCUCUAACAUAGCUAAAUUUUUGACAGCUAUAAAUUUUCUUCAUAUAUUGCAUACUGAUAUACAAAUUUUAAUUGCACUGAAACUGGUAAUAAUGUAUACAUAUGGAUUAUUACAAAUGUAUUUCUUGGCGUUUUGUUUAAUUAGCAUAAAUUUUUUGUUACUCCAAUAUUUUCAUAGUAUUUUUGAGGUGAUUGUGGAUAAAGUCACAAGAUCUCUCACAUAUGUAUAUCAUAGACUUUAUUGCUUUGUUGGAUAUAAUUUGUUAACUAGUUUUGAGAUGUACAUUUAAAAAAAGUGUUGUCAUUUGCAACAAUGAAUUUGAAUAUUUGAUAAUAUCAGGUGUAGCUGAUACCUGCAAUUUUUAAACUGUGUUGUCUCAUUGAGAAAUUGUUAUUCCUUACAAUACUGCUGUAGUUAUUAGUAGUGUCUUAUGAACCUAAGGUUCCAUGAAGUUUUGUUUUAUAAAUGUUUAAAUAUGUUUGAAUACAAAAAAAUUUGCGUAGUUUUAUACACUGUCAUUAUAUCACAUUUUGUUCAUUAUAUCACAUUUUUAUGAUUUUAGAAAUUAUUGUACAUCAUCAUCAUUUGAUACUAGUGGGUAGCUUGAACACACUGCAUUGUGCAGCAAUUCAUUGAAAUAACACAAACACACAGUGUGUUUCUAAAUCCCACAUUUUGCUAUUUAUUGCUCCUUCAAUCAAGAGCUGUAGAAACUAAUAUUCUGUCUCUGAAAUAGAAGGAUGGAGGAAAGAUUAUGAGGAAUGGAGGUGGCAGAUGGAUGGUCAGGAGAGAAGACGGUGGGGGACAAAGGCAUCCAGACAAAUUGUGUACUAUAUGUCAAUAUAUCUAGAUUUUUUCUUCUAAUUUCAGUGAAUUGUUUAUGUAAUUCACACAACUAAACCAAGUGAAUAUUCAUGAUCUUAUUUUCUUGUAGUUCCUCACAUCAGUUACAGGAAUAGCACUUCCUGUUCUGAAUUCACUCGUAUGUAUGGUGCUGAUAUUAAAAUGCUAAAAGUUGUGCAAAGUGUCAACAUAUUAUUUUCCGUCUCUUUUUGCCAGUUUUUAAAGGCAUGCAUAAGAUAGGUAACUAUAGUAUCUUCAAUUUUAGAAGACAGAGAUUCUGUGAAUUUCAAUGAUUUUUCAUUUCAUAAAAGAAUUUUUCCAAGACCUCUAAACAAAUUUGGUGCUGUAUGCUUUAUGAAUAGCUUUAGAAUUUCAUUGGAACAUUCACGAUACCAUCACAAUUAAAAGUGAUUUGUACUGAUGUACAGAGACAUGUUCUUUGAAACAUAAUUAGUAUCAUUGUGAGUAUCAGUUGUGGAAGUGACUAUGUGCAUUUUCUAGGAGCACAUAUUCUGAGCAUAUGAACAGUCUUCCCAUCUGUUUAUAUUUUUUUGAUCUUAAAGUUUAAUGUGCAUAAAUACUAAAAUCUGUUAUACUGAUUUUCAUUUAUGUAAUUGUGUAGUUUUCAGAUGUUUUUCAUUUUGGUAUACUGAUGUCAAUAUAUGAUACGUUUGUAUUAUUAAUUAUUAAUUAAACAAAUGUUGAAGCAUA